AUGUCUUUUCGAUCGGAUCAUACAGCUUCAUGGAAUACAACGCUGCGCAAUAGACUUGAGCGCCAGCGUGGUCUCAAGUAUGACACAAUGAACGGACUGGGCAACGCUUCUAAUCGAUCGAACGGUUUCAGUGGUCUUAAGGACAUCAACAUUAACAAAAAAGGUCCUGCUAAACCGAAGCGAGUGUCCGGAUCAUACUCUCAGUAUUUUUAUAAAGUUUUUCAGAACCGAAUGAAAUACUAUCAUAGAUUGUCGUUUGUGAUAUCUCUUUCAAUGUGCGUUUUACUAACGGUUCCGUACGGAGGAAGCAUUCUUUUCUAUCCGGUAAAGGUAGCACUUUUAAGCACUGGAUUCGCUCUAGUUAAGUUUGCCAGAGAUUCGACUUUACGUGUGGAAUCAUCAGGUGCAUCGACGGAAAUUCAGCAUAUGAUUAAUUCGGUGUUCUCCUCGCAAUGCUUUAUACUAUUUGCAGCUUAUUUUGCCUCUACGUUUAUCAUUUAUUCCAUCAUUUUUUGGCAAUCUUCGUCAUCCGAUCUCAGUUAUUGCAUAUCCUCAGCUACAAAGACUGUUAAACCCUUUAUCAAUGAUAGCUUCAUGUUUUUUUGGUUUUUUGUGGCAUUUACAUCAUUUUUUUAUUCCGCUCAAAUGAUGAUAUUUGAGAAGAAUAAACUCAACUUUAAGAUAGGCACAUAUCGUGCAGAACCGGUCGACCAGCUCAAAAAUUUGAACUGGGUCUCUCUUUUGAAAGAAGCUGCAUCCAUCUCCGGAUGUGUGGUUGUCUUGUCAGGGCCUCUUUAUACUUUUGUGCGAAGGUUUAUCUUCAAAGUGAUGUUUUACCCGAUGAUUUCGGUGUUCAAUUUGAACAGACAGAUUCCAGCCAUUCGGUUUUCCUUAAGAUUAUAUCUAACUGUGAAUCUGAUCGGCUUCAUUACUGUGCUUGUUUAUGAACUUUUGAACCGAAUCUAUAACGCUUAUGCAAUGACGGGUUGCCUCGUAGUGAAAAAGCCUUUGAGCUCUUAUUCGGACAAUCAACAAUUUAAGACACUUAUGAGCGGACUUACAGAUUAUAAGGAUAGCCUUGUACGGUUGACGGCAUACCAAGAGCUCGUUUUCAGGACCACUUCUAGACAAAUGUCAGAUAGAACAUGUCUGUACGAAAAUAAUAAUGGGAUUCUAUUACUGGAUCAGAUGUCUAAAGUUAUUCGCAGCAGUGUUAAUGCUGCCAAAAUGGAGUUGCCAAAAUUGCAAGGCACGAAGGGAGAGAAAAAGCCUACUGUAAAGAAACAGAACGGUGACACUACUGCAACCAUUUUUGGACGUUUAGGAUUGGAUGCUGGAUUGAACGAUACAGAUUCUGUCAACGCUAUUGGAGCUGAUGAUGGUGAUGUUAAUGGCAUUUUUUCGACAAAUAAGGUACGUCCAGAAGACCUAUUUCUAAGAUCCACAUAUGUUAAGAAGCCACUAAAGAGCAAAGAUCCAGUUUUGAAGGGUUUUGUGGAGAAGGCAGAGGACGCAGCAUUGAAAUUGAUACAGAAAUAUCAGGUGCUAUUUGUAAGAAAAAUGAAGGAGUUUAUCAAUUCUCGUUCAGAGAAAAGUCGGAUACUUCGAAUUACAACUAAGGUAUUGAAAUCCGACGUGUGGGAGGUGAUUCUGUUUCGCUCGUACAAAUUAGAAGCCGAUCGGAGAAUUCCAAACAAGGUCAUUGUUGGUAACUGCAUAGUAGCCAUGUCAGAAAUGCUUCUUCAUGCCAGAAUCGAGGACAGAAAAAGAACUGUGUUGCACUCUCUAACUGAAGUGCUAAGUUUAUUGACUAGAAUUUACAGAUCAACCUCAGAGUUCCUGGAAAAUCCACCGGUAAAACCAAGGAGUGCCAACCAAAUCAAUCAUAAUGCGAUUAAGGAGAUCAACGACUUGGCGAUUUCAUACUUCUUCAAACUAGUGAUCUAUUACAACUCAACACUAAACGAUAUGAUUCUUACUCCUGACACGUUCAAAUUGGCCAAAUGGUGUACCGACGUGGCUUUGGAGGAACAACGCGCCCAACUACGAGAGGUAGAGUAA